AUGACCAAUGUUUCAGAUACCAACAAGUUAGACAACACAGACUUCUCCAUCCGCAUUUGUGACAUCAGCCUGGCCGACAUGGGCACUUACUACUGUGUGAAGUUCUGGAAGGGAGUGGCCAGGCAGAAUGCAGAGCUGCAGGUGAUCCAGCCUGACAAGUUUGUGUCGGUGGCCGUGGGAGGGACAAUCACUCUGCGCUGCUCUGUGACCUCCUUGCAUCCUAUGGGUCCUGUCAAGUGGUUCCGGCAGAGAGUGGGUGGCCGGGAGGAGAUCUACAACUACGGGAAAAAAGGCUACUACCCCCGAGUGACCAAUGCUUCGGAUGCCACCAAGAGAGACAACCUGGACUUUUCCAUCCACAUUCGUGACAUCAGCCCAGCCGACACAGGCACCUACUACUGUGUGAAGUUCCAGGCGCAGUUUGUGGAAGAUGUGGAGUUCAAGUCUGGGCCAGGCACCCAGGUCACCUUGAGCGCCAGACCUUCUCCUCCUGAGGUCUCAGGCCCCAAGACGAGGACCCUGCCCGGGCACACAGUGAGCUUCACUUGCAAGUCCCACGGCUUCUCCCCCAGAAACAUCAGCCUGCGGUGGUUCAAAAACGGGAAGGUACUCUCGGCCUUCCAGACCAGCGUGGACCCCCAGGGGGACAGCACCUCCUACAGCAUCUCCAGCACAGCCAGGGUGCCGCUGACCUCGGGGGACGUGCACUCCCAGAUCAUCUGUGAGGUCACCCACAUCACCCUGCCCAGGGGCUCUCCUCUCCGUGGGACGGCCAACUUAGCUGAGAGCAUCCGAGUUUCACCCACCCUGGAAGUCUCCCAGUUCCCUGCGGUGGGCAACCAGGUGAACCUCACCUGCCAAGUGAAGAAGUUCUACCCCCAGAACCUACAGCUGACCUGGCUGGAGAACGGAAAUGUGUCCCGGACAGAAACGACAUUCCUCCUCCUAGAGAACAAGGACGGGACCUUUAACCGGACCAGCUGGCUAAUGGUGAACUCCUGUGACCACCAGCAGAAAGUGGUGUUCACCUGCCAGGUGGAGCAUGAUGGGCAGCCGGCACUCAGCAAAUCAUACACCCUGGAGGUGUCUGCAUCCCAGAAGGACCAGGGCUCAAAUAAACAACCUGGGCCACAGACAGACGUGUACAAUCGCUCCCACAUACACUUCCUCCUGGGCUUCCUCUUUGGUCUCAAGGUGCUGUUGGUGGUUGGUGUGUCUGCCAUUUACCUCUACAAGAAGUUAAGCAUCUGAUUGGUGGGAGUGAUGAAGAAUGGGGGCAAAACCUAGGAAACCAUUGAUGUGCAGAGCCCUCUCUCAAGAAAUG